UCAGGGUCUGACCUCGCCGAGGCGGGACAGGGUUGGGGCGCGGGUGGCGGCUGCUUCUUCCUCUCAGUCCUGAUGGUGCUGAUUGAGACUUAGCGGGUUUCUUCAGAAAAAUUUCGGCCAAGAUGAGGGAGUGCUUGCCCGCUCACCCCCCACUUUGUCUUAAAGCAUUGAACUGUUAUCGUAGUUGCUCCAAUUUUGGUUUAGGUAAUUAGUCAAAAGACAUCCCUUCCCGUCGUCCCACAGACUUUACAUAUACACCUCUGAAAACAAAAAGGACAUUUUCCUGACGCUCCCAAUCCCAAGGGAAUUCCUAAUUCCACAUUCCUCUCCCUAGAACCAGCAAGUGUCCAGAUUUCCCAGUCGCAUUAAACUGGUUCUUGACAGUGGGUUCCCCCACCCAGCAUCCCGACGCCCCCGGGGAGCCGGGGGAGGCCGACUCCACGCAGAUCCCCCGUUUGUUUCUCCCUGACCCUGACCUGCCAUAGUGGCUCCUACCUCACCCUGGGAAGGGAGGACAGGCAGCUGGUCAGAGUUGUACAGAAGUCCAGAAAUUGCAGCCCAACAAAGAGAAAGGACACUGUCCUGGCCGUUUCCACUUCAGGACGCCAUGUGCCUCUGGGUGUUUUGUGAGGAUUUUCAAACUUACAGAAAAGUGGAGAGAAUUGUACGGUGACGUCCCUCCUGCUGUCACUCAGCUUGUCACUCUGUCCUGAGAUCAUCUGUCUCCCCUGAGUUAAAAUGCUGCAAUUAACAAACGCCAGGGACUGCCUCCAGCCCUACCUGCGUGAAUGCCCUGGCAGGUGCUCUGUUGUGUUCUUACAAAAUGAAGAUUUAAAUACUGAAACAAGCUAAGCACAGAAAGCAUCCCUACAGUGAGAUGUGGCACAGUGAAAGCCCCAGCGAAGAACAAAGCAAGUAAACAGGACAGACGCAAACGUAUCCCUUUCAUUAAGCACCUGCUGGCCCGCCAGUGUGGUAGCCUUUCAGUAUCAUGGCUCCAUGUUCCUCACAUAACCUAGUAUAUUUAGAUAAGGUUUAACCAACGUCGCUUGUGCCUUAGUUCAAACUGCUACAACAGAAAUGCCAUUAUUGCUCACAGUUUUCGAGGCUAGAAGUUCAAGAUCAAGGUGCAAUUCAGCGUCUGGUGGGGGCCUGCUUACUGCUUAUAGACUUCCAUCUUCUCAUUGUGUCCUCAUGUUGGGGAAGUUGCUGCAGACCUCUCUGGUCUUACAAGGGCACUAAUUCCAUUGCUGAGGGCCCUACUCUCAUGACCUGAUCACCUCCCAAAGGCCCCACCUCCUAAUGCAGUCACACUAGGGGGUUAGGAUUUCAACAUACGAAUUAUGGAUGGGGGCACAAACAUUCAGUCUAUAGUGACCAGCUACAGAAGAAAUUUAAAGGACAAGAUUCCAGUUUUAGUCUAUCUGUUUUGAAAAGGAAGCAGGGAUGUUAUCCAGGGUCAGUGACACUAGAUAUAUUUUAGUAAAAGGUCUAUUAGUCUUCACCUAACUGGCUGCAGUUAUUACUAGAAAGGGGAAUGACUGGGGAAAGGGAAUGUUGCUGUUUCAAUUUUUUCUUCAUGCUUUUUCACACAUGCCAAUUACUUGAAUAAUUUAAAACUUAAUGCAAAAACUUAUGAGCAGUAAUUUGUGUAAGAGUUCAGGUGGGACCAAAAUGAGGGGACUCCAUAAACUCAAAAAUAGGCAUUUCACAAAAUUUUAUGCUUGGUUUUUUUUUUUUUUGAGACAAGAUUGUGCUCUGUUGCCCAGGCUGGAGUGCAGGGGUACAAUCACUGCUCACUGCAGCCUUGACCUCCUGGCCUCAAGAGAUUCUCCCACCUCAGCCUCUUGAGUAGCUGGAAUCACAGGUGCAUGUCACCACACCCAGAUAAUUUUUUUUAAUUUUUUAUUUGUAGAGAUGGGGUCUUGCUGCAUUGCUCAGGCUGCUCUUGAACUCCUAUGCUCGAGCAGUCCUCCUGCCUCAGCCUCCCAAAAGUGCUGGGAUUAUGGAUGUGAACCACUGAGCCUGGCCUUUAGCAUGUGUGCAUGAUUUUUAAUGGCUGUAAAUGAUUUCAUCCUGUGUAUGUGCUAUAAUUUAUUUAACAAAUCCCCUAAGGCAUAUUUAGGCUUCUUCCAGUUUUGCACUAUUAUAAACAAUAUAGUGAUGAACACCUUGCCCAUUAGCCAUAUCCAGAAUUACUUAGGACAUAGUCUUAGAAAAGAAGAUGCACCCAAACUUUUGAUAUUUACUAUCAGAAAGUUUGUAAGGAGACACCUUAAUUUUGCAUAUCUGGUUGACAAGAUAAACACAUUUGGAAACAUAGGUGAUUGGUAAAAAUGAAAAACUGGGUAUCUUGUAUAUAUCAGUGGAGGGUAAUUUGGUAAUGUCAAUCAAAACUGUUACAAACUUUGGUCAGGUGCCUCUGAGCCUUCUCAACCAUGCCUCGGCCUUGGCCUGUGAUAUGGUUUGGAUCUGUGUCCUCACCCAAAUUUGUUGAAUUGUAAUCCCCAGUGUUGGAGGUGGGGCCUGGUGGGAGGUGUUUGGAUCACAGGAGAUCAAUUUUAUUUAGAUAGUGACUACCUAUCUUUUAACUGGGUCUCUGAGCUCUGGGAAGAGGCCACACUAAAUCCUGGGUCUCCAAAAAGGGAGAAUUAUUAUGAGGCUUGACACAUGGAUGCUUUUCCAGUGCACUUAAAAAACAUUUAAAAAAUAUUUCUAAGUGUCUAAAAUAUACUCUUCCUUAAAAAUCCAAGAGUAGCUUUUGUUGCAAUAAUUAGUAAAAAAAAAAAAAAAAAAAAAAAUCAGGUAACACAAUACAAAAGCAAGCAGUUUAAGAGCUGAUAUGAACUUGUGUGUUUACACUCUUGGGGAUACAUAAGGAAAAACAAUUUUCUCCACAAAAGGGAGUCUGGUGCCUUCUCCAUUUUCUUGAAGGAACCUCAGGCUAUUAUAAACUAUUUUAGGUCCCUCAUGCAGCAGAGCGUGCAAGGGAAAGGAGAGACAGCAGAACUAAAUGAAGAAAAUAGCCUUCAGUCAACUGAGAAGAAAAAAAAACUUUUGCUCAAAAAACACAAGGUCCUAGGAGAGAGAAAAAAGAAAAAUCAUGAAGCCCUUUUAAAUACACACACACACACACACACAUAUCUUGGAUGUUAGCUUUUAAUUAAGAUGACUUUUAACCAUUUGAGUUUCUUUUUAAAAAAUUUUUAAAAUCUCAUCAACAUAUUUCAGCUAGGACAAAUAGCUGCUAUUUCAGAAGUACCAAGUAUCAAACCAGAAAGGUCUUGAUUUAGGAACCAAACCCAGGCUGUCAUGGAAAAAAGAAGACAGAACCUUAGCUAUGGAACUGCAGUGUGGGGUGACAAUCCUUUCUCUUUCAGUUUGGCCUGGCUAGCAAAAAGGUGGCCUUGUUAUGUAAAUAAAGCCCCUUAAGUAGUCAAAAUCAAAAAUCUUCCCCGCCGUUUUUCCUUUUGCUGGCUGUUUUUUCUUCCCCCACCACCCCUUUUCUGGUGGGAAUUUAGCCACUUCAGAGGCCUUGUUCCACAUAAUUUGGAACUUUCCUUUGGAUUUGAUCAAGUCAGAAUUGGCCAAACACAAUAGGAAAAGGACCAAAACAACAAAAACAGAAAGAAACAACAACAACAAAAAUACCAGUUAAGCAAAAGAAACAAAUGAUCACACAACUUGUAUGAUUACUGGACACUCUAAUGGGCAGGACACAUCCUCACAGAAAAUUGAAGACUUGAUGGAAAUGGUGCAGAAGCUGCAGAAAGUGGGAAGCCUAGAGCCCCGAGUUGAGGUCCUGAUUAACCGGAUUAAUGAGGUCCAGCAAGCAAAAAAGAAAGCCAGUAAAGACCUAGGAGAGGCCCGGACCAUCUGUGAGGCCCUGCAGAAGGAACUGGACUCACUGCGUGGAGAGAAAGUACAACUGAAGGAGAUCUUGAGCAAAAAACAAGAGACCCUGAGGAUCCUCCGGCUGCGUUGCCAGGAAAAGGAAAGUGAGGCACAGAGGAAGCACACCAUGUUGCAGGAGUGCAAGGAGAGAAUUUCUGCCCUGAACUUGCAGAUUGAAGAAGAGAAGAACAAACAGAGACAGCUGAGGUUGGCAUUCGAGGAACAGCUGGAAGAUCUGAUGGGCCAGCACAAGGACCUCUGGGACUUCCACAGGCCAGAGCGGCUGGCAAGGGAGAUUUGUGCCCUGGACAGCAGCAAGGAGCAGCUGCUCAAGGAAGAGAAGCUGGUCAAGGCGACACUGGAAGACGUGAAGCAUCAGCUGUGCUCCCUCUGUGGGGCUGAGGGCCCCUCCACCCUCGAUGAGGGACUCUUUCUCCACAGCCAGGAGGCUGCAGCCACAGUGCAGCUGUUUCAGGAAGAGCACAGGAAGGCUGAGGAGCUCCUAGCAGCUGCUGCCCAGCGCCACCAGCAGCUGCAGCAGAAGUGCCAACAACAGCAGCAGAAGCGGCAGAGGCUGAAGGAAGAGCUGGAAAAGCAUGGAAUGCAACUCCCUGCCCAAGCCCAGAGCACACAAGAGGAAGAGGCUGGCCCAGGAGAUGUGGCCAGUCCCAAGCCCCUAAAAGGAGAAAGACCUGGAGCUGCACACCGAGCGGGGCCUGAUGUCCUCAUAGGCCAGGAAGACACACUCCACCCCGACCUUAGCCCAAGGGGCUUUCAGGAAAUAAAGGAGCUAUUUUGAUACAGCCCGUCUCAGCUGAGUCUACUGGCUCCCAGACCAGGUAGACCAGUGACAUGUUGGAGUUGAAAAGAGAGGCUCACUGCAGAGCACUGUUUCCAUGGAAAAAUGGAACAUGGCAAAGUGCGGAAAUUCUUCAGUGAGUCCAGGACAGACGAGUUCUCUAAGAUGCAGUUAAUCAUACCUGUCUUAAACAAACUGGCAAUACACUAUCAAACAUGACUUUUAAAUCAAGUGGAAGUUAGAAAAUAUAUUGAACUGAAUGGCAAUGAAGACACCACAUUUUAAAACUGUAAUUCAGUUAAGCCCACGAUUAGAAGGAACUUUAGCUUUUAUUGGUUCACCACAAUUUUUUUAAAAAUCAAUAAUUGUUCAGUUAAUGAAUAAAAGGCCUUUGACACAGUUCACCUAUUCAUGUGAAAAAAAAAGACUAAUAAACAGUCAGCUUCCCUUAGA